AUGCCCUUUUCAGACCUUAAUCUCUCCCCUUUAUCAAACACCUCUAGUCUUCACCUAACCAGUAUCCCACACGGGUUACGCUAUGGCUCAACCCGAACCCACCCGGUCCACCCCGGGUUAACUUACUACUCUCAAACACAAAACCAAUGGGCUAACCAAGUGUUAGCCAACAAUCUUCAUCAAAAGAUGCUCUUGUCCCAAUGUUUCAACAAAAGCCACUUGGAGAAGUUCACUGCAUUUUUUGAGCUAUUACCACUUCCGGCAUUGGGCACAACUCCAUUUUUGAAGGUUGACAAGAUUUGUCAACAAAUCUCUACCACCACCCUUACCAUUGAUAAUUCCAUCGCAUUCUCCACCCCUUUUUCUCCUUUCACCUCCACUGCAUCUACAAACCUUGAAGUCAAAAGUCCCUCAAGAAUCCAGGAAGAUGUUUAUCCUGUGGAGUACUACAAUAGGUUCUCAAUGAAUCAAGUCCUUGACCCCCAUUGGGGUGUGCUUUAUGAAGAAGAUUUAAUUGGUCAUAAGUCUCACACUUUGAACAUUCUUGUCAAUAAUGCUCCUGGAGUUCUCAACCUGGUCACCGGAGUUAUAUCCAGAAAGGGUUACAACAUCCAGAGUCUGGCUGUAGGUCCUACGGAAAUGGAGGGUCUAGCUCGGAUUACAAGUGUGAUUCUUGGAACAGAUGAAUCUAUUGAGAAAUUGGUGUUCAUUUUCAAGGGGCAAAAACAUCUUUUAGUGAUAGUGAGAGUGAGGAAAAUCACAAGGGUUACGUUUGCCAGUGAUUUGAUUAAGCAGGUGCAUGAGAUUGAGCAACAAAUAAGUGGGGUUACAAUUGGGAUCAUUGUUUCUAGAGUUGUGGGUCUGGUCAGUAAAGCGAAUACAAGGAAGGGAAUUAGAGGCGGGAGUCCGGGAUUGGCAAGACGGAAUCAUUGGCGAGAGUCCGGGGUUACGGGAUUUGCCUUCGGCUUUGAGUUCUUCCAUGUCGUUGCCUUUACAGUUGCUGUUAAGACUGUUUCCUCUCCUUACAUUAUGAUGACUUUAAAUUUUGAUAUAAGUGGGUUUAGACCAUCUGUUCUGAAGUUCCCAAGUGCAGAAAAGUUCAGUGAAGUUGCUAAAUUUAUUGGAACAAAGUUUUCUUCUUCAGAAUCCAUUAACUUCACUGCUGACAUUUCUAAAGUAGAAUGA